AUGGCUGUAAAUCUGGACAUACUAUUUCCCAACGCCACCAGAUGGACCUCUCCCAGUCAUCGAGAAAGCGGAGAGCUUCCUGCCUUUCGUUACAACUUCAGCUUUGUGAUACCCAACGACCUGGCCAGGGCUGCGCCAAGUAAAUACGGCCAAGGUAUCCCUCCAUCGCUCAAUAUUCAUUUUACGCGGACGAGUCAUCGUAACGCUAUCUCAUGCUCCAAGGGAACCUGCAGUAUUGAGUAUCGAAUCCGCGCCCAAUUCCUAGCUGAAGGACAUCGCUUGGUGGAAAAGAUUCGGUCGUUUACAUUGUGGACUACGCAGGGGCGACAACCGCCGGUUUGCACCGAAGACUUUCCUGGCGAAUACCAAAUGUCGGCCUUCAAGACACUUCGUAGUCCGCUAUUUCAACCAACCGGAAGACUCCUGGUCUAUAGCCAUGAACCACCGCCUCUGGAAUUCUCCCCUGAGAAAGAGGGUGCUGCGACAUCAGUACGUUUGCGGCUUCGCUACGAGUCGUUAAAGAAUGGCAGCGGCAUGAGAAUCCCUCCACCACGGUUUCAUGGAAUAGUUCGCUCCAAUUUGCAGGCCAGCACGUUCAUUUCAGUCGAACCGCAAAAACGAUCGCCGGCAACUAGUGAUGCCCCUGUCUUUCCAUUCACCUUUGAAACCCGCGAAUCUUAUGCUAGCCAGUUACGGAAACUAUGCUUUGCCCGCUGGACACCGUUGGAAACAGCGACUGGGACUCUCUGGGAAUCCGAGGCAGAUCUAGCUGUCCCAUGCGACUAUCCCGCUUAUCUUACACCCUCGUUUUCUUCCCUGCUCGUUUCUAGAAGAUACAGUCUGAAAAUCUACAUGGUUAUUUCAGGACUCGGCCACGCUGCACUGAAACUGGAGUUACCCAUCCAGGUGGUGUACACAGGCGAGGGACACCUGCCACCGGAAGAAAUUUCAUAUUCGAAUGGCCCUACAGAGGAUAUGCCGCCUGCAUAUAGCCCCUAGUAGACACUCAUAUUGUACGCUUUACGUAUACAAUUCACGAUGUUCUUAACAUAUUUAAUUAUAUUUUGAUAUAUCAUAUGUGCUAUUUCACCAGACGGCUGAGUCGUUCCUCUCUAAUGUGUGAUGUGCUGGCGUUGCAUUAUGGACUGGAUGGUUUGCUUUUC